AUGCACGACUUGGAGCGUGUCAGUCGCAACAUUGUCCGCACCUUCUACGACCCGCCCCCCACAAACGACUCCAACGAGCCCAUAUGGCUGCUGGGCCAGCGCUACGACCCCAGGCCGCCGCCACCCAAGCUGACGCCCAGCGAGACGUCGCCUGCCGAAGCACCUGCCCCCCCGUCCGACCGCACCGACGACGAGAGCUGGAUACGGACGAGCGUCGAAGAAACAGAACGCAAGGAGGCGCCAAACGGCGAGGAUCCCGCCCAGUACGGCAACUGGCCCUCUGCCUUUCUCGAUGACUUCGAGUCGCGCAUAUGGAUGACGUACCGCUCCGGCUUCGCUCCCAUACAAAAGAGCCAGGACCCCAAGGCAACAAGCGCCAUGAGCUUUCGCGUUCGCAUGCAGAACCUGGCCUCGCCAGGCUUCACCUCGGACACGGGCUUUGGCUGCAUGAUCAGGAGCGGACAGUGCAUCUUGGCCAACGCGCUGCAAAUACUGCGUCUGGGCCGCGACUGGCGAUACCAGGACAAGCCGACUGCCAAAGAGCAUUCGGAAAUACUCGCCCUCUUUGCAGAUGACCCGAGGGCGCCCUUCUCCAUCCACCGCUUUGUGGAGCAUGGCGCGGCCGUCUGUGGAAAGUACCCUGGCGAGUGGUUCGGUCCCUCGGCAGCAGCGCGCUGUAUACAGGACCUGGCCAACAAGCACCGAGAGGCCGGCCUACGAGUAUACGUGUCCGGCGACGGCGCCGACGUCUACGAAGACAAGUUGAAGGAGGUAGCCCUGGACGACGAGGGAGAGUGGCAGCCUACACUGAUUCUGGUCGGCACCAGACUGGGCAUCGACAAAAUCACGCCUGUGUACUGGGAGGCGCUCAAGGCAAGCCUGCAAAUGAAGCAGAGCAUGGGAAUCGCAGGUGGCCGUCCGUCGGCUUCGCAUUACUUUGUAGCCACGCAGGCAAACACAUUCUUCUAUCUCGACCCGCACAGCACUCGCCCGUUGCUGCCAUACCGCACCGGGUCCCUGUCUACCCCGAGCCCGCCAACCGCGCCAUCAAGUAGUCUCGACGCCUCUGCUACAUCCACCUCGUCAUCGGCAACCCUCAUGCCCUCGGCCACGCCCACAGACGGCACCAGCUCCACGCUCUCUACGUACUCGGCCGAAGAACUCGCCACAUGCCACACACGCCGCAUCCGCCGCCUCCAAAUCCGCGAAAUGGAUCCCUCCAUGCUCAUUGCCUUUCUCAUCAGAUCCCCAGAGGACUUCCAGGACUGGAAAGAAGGCGUCCGCAGCGUCCAGGGAAAAAGCGUCGUCCAUGUCCAGGACAAGGAACCCCUGCCCAGAGGCCAGGAAAGAGAGGGCGCCGUCGAUGAGGUCGAAAGCUGGGACGAGGAUGGUCUGCAGUAA